AUUGACAUCUGUAACUAAGUUAUAUUCUGUCAAUGAUGGCCUUUUCCGGUUCGCGCUGAUGUAAAGCAGUCGUGAACAAUAUUCAAUUUUACGAAAGUAGCAGUUUGAAUUAAUAAAUAAGGUAAUACAAUAUGGAUGACGAUUGGAGCACUGAGGUCCAAGGGGUAGUUGCGGCCCCAAAAAUUGCCGAACUUCCCGAAAUUAAAUUAUUUGGAAGGUGGAAUUGUGAUGAUGUUCAAGUAUCUGAUAUGUCUCUCCAGGAUUAUAUUGCAGUUAAAGAAAAAAAUGCUAAAUAUUUACCCCACUCUGCGGGUAGAUACGCUGCAAAAAGAUUCCGCAAAGCACAAUGCCCAAUAGUAGAGAGGUUAACAAAUUCCUUAAUGAUGCAUGGGCGUAAUAAUGGUAAAAAACUAAUGGCAGUAAGGAUAGUAAAACACGCCUUCGAAAUUAUUCAUCUUUUAACUGGGGAAAAUCCACUUCAGAUUUUAGUGUCUGCUAUCAUCAAUUCUGGGCCUCGUGAAGAUUCCACACGUAUCGGUAGAGCUGGUACCGUAAGAAGACAGGCUGUUGAUGUAUCACCAUUGAGAAGAGUCAAUCAAGCUAUCUGGUUGUUAUGUACUGGAGCAAGAGAAGCUGCUUUCCGUAACAUCAAAACCAUCGCCGAAUGUUUGGCUGAUGAACUUAUUAAUGCAGCCAAGGGAUCUUCAAAUUCUUAUGCUAUUAAGAAGAAAGAUGAACUUGAACGUGUAGCCAAAUCUAACCGUUAAGUUUAAAAUAUACGUUCUGUAUAAAAUUUACAGAAAUAAACUUUUUAUAUAUUAUAAUUUCGUUAAUACAUAAAAGUAACAUCGAUGAAAAAAAAUUUAAUUCACUCACACAACAUUUAUUAAAACAAUGUCUUACUUAUAGUAUAAAGAAAUUUUUAAAAAUUCUUUUUCGAAGCUCAACGUUUUUCUUAAGUUCUGCCUAGAGGGCAGAUUGAAAUAUACAGGUGCAUAAAUAACAUUUUCUGGCUAAUAUCGAGACGGAUUUUCCGAAUUUCUGGUGUAAACAAUUCUGAUGCAGAAAAUGUAGUCUAAUUAAGUUUUUCUUUCUAAUUGCCCACAUUUCCAUAGUGCGGAUUUCAAAUCUAAUCAUAAAACACUUUAUUGCUCAUGAUAUUUUUUUUUUUUUCAAAAAUAAUUAAAAUCAAUAAUUCUUAAGUUUUUUAAUUAUAUUUUGAAUUACCAAAAAAAAUUUGGUGCCUCUGAAUUACGAAUUGAUUAUGGCUAUUAGGGUGUUGAAUCAAGAACAGGAAUACCGGAAAAAGAAACUGAUAGUUUGGAGAGAGAACUCAAAAAUCACAUCGAUGACUGUUAUUUUCGCCUUAGUGGUAUUGAUUGAAACAAUUGUAGCAAGUGGACUUAUCCUGAUUUAAUUUCUGCAAGAUGCUCAGUCCCUUACUGAGCCGAAUCAAACAUUUCACCAGCUACCAGUGUUCUCUGAGAAUAAGUAUUGUCUUUCUGAUCAUCCUUCUGAUACUAAUAAAGUAAUUAUGAGGGAGUGUUAUCAAUUCCUCAACAUUUUAACCCUAGUCAGAUAAAUGACCUCAACUUGUCAUAAGAGGCUUUCGAAUAACUAGCUUCUAGACUGAAGAAGAAAAAUUUACUGGAAAAAGAAACUUUUUACCAUACAAAAGAAAAAGAUCUAAUGCUUUUUUUUCCCAAGAAGACAAUUUUGUAUUUUAUCAUGAAAUUAGAGGAUUUCUUCUUGGGCGAAGUUUGAAAUUUAUUCUUCUGGACAACAGGAACCAAUAUGAUUACAAUAAAAAGUGGCUAUACCCAAUUUCCUCCCUUCUUUUGCCUCUUUCAUAGCAGUACAUGACUGGGAUAGAAAAUAGUGACCUAAGAAAAAGCAUGAAUGUUGGAAAAAAAAUUCUAACAACCCCUUAGUUGAACGCUGAGCCUAAUGAAGCAGUAAGUGAAGGCUAUUGGUAAAAUGGAUCACACUUUGCAUAUAUAGGUGAAAAAAUGCCUCAGUUGAGCAGAAAUAUUUGACUGUGAACUCAUAAGAUCUUAAAGUAAAUUCAACAAAUGAAUGAAAAGCGUUCAUUUGUUACAAUUGUCAAAUUAAUAAACUCCAAGAAGGAAAAACUAUGUUCAACUGGUAAAUAAGAUACUUAACAGUUUCAAAUUCCUUGGGUGUAACAUGAACAUUAAGGUUCAUUAGUUAAACAGCGAUCAUUUUCCAAAAGAUUUAGGAGACACUAGUGAAAAACAGGAUGAAAGAUUAUGAAUGAACGCUAACAAAAACGAAGAGAAAUCUAGAUGACUUGUGGAGUUUAAAAUGGAACCAAAAUGCACUCUAGGUCGCGCAAGCGAAGCUUCCGAAGUAUUCAUUGAGUAACUGGUGAAUAGUCUCAUCAAUGACUGUUUCUUCUGUCUUUCUAUCUAAAAAAAUAUUUGUAUUUUUAUUACAUAAAAAGUAAGAAAAAGAGGGUAAACUCUAUUACACUUAAGUAGUUCAUGCAAUAAUGUAGAGGCCCGUAGAUAUUGAAUUUCAACUUCUGUAGGUUAUAGUAUUUGGGGGAAAUGUGUCUCGGUAGCUGAUUCUAUAAGCUUGCACCUUUCCAAGAGGAGUCAAUAAAUUGACGUUUUGGGCAUCUACAGGCGAACUCGAUCGUCUGCCUGUUGAGUAGAUCUUGCAAAUACUGUUCUAGGUGAGAUUGUGUUAUACAGCUGAUUUGAACGACAUCAGUGUGUUAUCUAGUAGAUCGUUGAUGUACAGGAAAAAGUGGGUAGCAAAAUGCUUCCCUAAGGAACACCAGCGUUGACCUCAAACUAGCGAUGUGCCAACUCCGAAAAAACCAAUCUUGAUUUAACCUUAGUUAAAAUGCACAUUACUCUGAUGGAACUAGAGUUAAAUGGAUGGUAUAGUGAAUGAUUUUUUUUAAGUCUUACCAUUUUAUUUCCUUAUCGCAUUAAUAGUUGAAAAAAUAAGAACUGGCGAAUUAAAUUUUUAUUUUUAAAAUUUAUUCAAAAUAUAUUGGGAAAGUUUAACUAAAGUAAAUAUUGAAAUGAUUGUUUGAAAUCAUGAUCGGUAAACUUCGCUCCAUGUCGGUUUUUGAACUCUAGUCUGAUUGAAUUAAACUCAAGUUUGCGCGAGUCAAUCAACACUACCUCAAGCCUUUCUGAGGUAUGUCCAUCGAUAUCAACCUAGCAACUAAGCCAGACAAAAACCUUCGAUAUGUCUAGUGGUAUUUCCCAUAUAUCUCUAUAGAUUCAGUCUAUAUGUUACUGACAUAUGCCGAAAAAUCCCCGGUUUAUAUAUGUUUACAAAAGCUGAUUAUGUUAAUAGACUCAAGAUUUUCUGGUUAACGACUUUCUCCAACACUUUAGUAAUGCUUAGGACUAAAGCAAUCUGAAGGUAGUUGUGGUGAACCGUCUUUUUUAAUUUUUCUGAUAUGCGUUGAACCCGAGCAAGUUUCUCCUCUGCAUCUAUAUGAUAGAGAAAAGAGUUUGCAUAGCGCACAUGUUAGUUCAGCUGCGCAUUUGUUCAAUGCGAUUGGUGGUAUUUCAUCGGGGUCGGUGGUUUUAGUGAUGUCCAACUUUUAGAGAAGUUUUGCCACAUCUCGGUGUCGAAAUUCGAUUUCUGGUAUUAAUGAACUAGCCCCAGAUAGGCAUAUAAUAAAAAAUCACGAAUUCAACUUAUAAUAUUGUAAUGUAUAUUGUAUUAAAAUUAUAUCUUUGUAAUUUCAAAUAGUUUUGCGGGUUGAAGACUCAAAAUUGUCCAAAAGUUUUUCAAGAAUGUCAACGACGUUUCGAUCUUUAUUAAGGCUUUUUAAAUUAUUAGACGUCUAGAUAAAGAUAAAGGUCAAAUAAAAGAUUUUAAAAACUCUUGGACAGUUUUAUUUUGAGUCCUCAAUCCGCAACAGCAUUCGAAAUUGAAAUUAUAAUUUUGAAAAAUAUGAUCUGCUGGACACAAUUCCAUAUGAAAAAAGCUGUAAAAAUUCAAGCACCAAAAACACUUUUGACCAGUGUUAUAGGUGAAAUAAAAAGGAAGAGGAAUAGAAUAAAGACACUUUGAAAACA